UUGCAACAUCGCGAUAUAUUGACCCCCACUAGACGCGAAAUGGGCGGCGCCACCUUCCUGCAAACUCGCAGUGCGUUUAAUCGGAUACCAGUGAGCGCUGACAGCUUUCAAAGUUCCCCGUGAAAAACGCAGUUCGCAUCCUCCACACACCGCCAGACCGUUUUCAAUUCCGUUUUUACGUACGAGUUUAUCGGCCCGGACUCCUGGUGCCAGUUUAUCCUCCGCAUCUCCGUUUCGGUGGUUUUUGUGUGCCCGUGCACCUGGGACCAUGUUCUGAAUCAUCCUGGCGAGGGGAUGACCAACACAAACUACCCAUACAACCCCAACCCCAUAAUGUUCCAUUCGAGCACCAACUCCGGCGGCUACACCGACUCCAACGCCUCAGGCUUCCACCAGCACCUCCAACAGUCCCCGGUCUACGUGCCCAGCAACCGUGCCAUGCCCCAAUACUCCACGCCCGCCGGCGGCCACUUCGGGGCGGCGCACCAGAGCGGUUGGCAUGCUGGCGGUGGCUACGGAGAGAUGGCAGCGCCCUCCGCCCACAGUCUCGGCACGUCGCCCCAUCACGCCGGGGCUUUGAGUGCCGGCCAGUUCUACGCCCAGAACAUGAUGAUGAGCUCGUGGCGGGCUUACGAUGGGGCUGGCUUCCAGAGGACUUCUCCUUACGAUGCCGGUGUGGAGUUUCAAUUCGGCGAGGGCAGGGAGUGCGUGAACUGCGGCGCAAUAUCGACGCCUCUGUGGCGAAGAGACGGGACCGGUCACUAUUUGUGCAACGCCUGUGGCCUUUACCAUAAAAUGAACGGAAUGAAUAGGCCCCUCAUAAAACCAUCCAAAAGACUGGAUUUCCCGUUGCAGACCGCCACCCGACGGCUGGGCCUGUGCUGCACGAACUGCGGCACCCGCACCACCACCCUGUGGCGACGGAACAACGACGGCGAGCCGGUGUGCAACGCGUGCGGCCUCUACUUCAAGCUGCACGGCGUCAACCGGCCCUUGGCGAUGCGCAAAGACGGCAUACAGACGCGCAAGCGCAAGCCGAAGAAGCCCGCCGGCGGCGACCGGGACGAGACGGGGUCCGCCUCCAUCGAAGAAAGCAAAUCGUCUUCGAUGGGCAUACCGACGUCCCAACAACAGUCCACCCCGACGCAACAAACGUCGACCCAAAACCAGCAAACCCAACUGGACAAAUCGUCACCGGUGGAACGUCCGUACUUGGGUCAGACGUCCCUGCUGCCGACAACCAGCACCGGAGCCAUCAAAAGCGAACCCGGCUACGACUACAACUACCUUCAAAACCAACCGUCCUAUCCCUAUCAACAGAUCUUUGGGUUCCCCGGUAGCACCACCACCAACGGCGACAUGGCCUACCAUCAUCAGCACCACGUGACGGCCGCGGCCAAACUCAUGGCAUCGUCUUAGUUCUUCCCCAAAAAAAUAAGGAAAUAAAUAAAAAAUUGUACUAAAUUUAAUCAAAUGAACAAAAAUGUGACGAUAAAGAAUUUGAACUAGUCCGCAUUUGUAACAUUCACUAACCCAAUCUGAUUAUUUUGUUUGUAAAUGAUCUAAAAAGACUUGAUCACGUUGUAUUUAAUGUUUAAUGUUUAGAAUUAGUAUUUUCGUUUUUCAUUAAAGGCACAUCACGAAUACAUAAUCGAUUUCAUCGUCGUAAAACAUUGAUGUAUGUAAAAUAAUGUAUUAUGCACAUUACUGUGAUAUAUACGUUUUAUAAUUGCAAUAUUUAAAACACAGAUUAGUAACAUAUAAAAAUAUUCUCACUUGUAACAUAGUAUUGUUGUUUGUACACAUUGUACAAUACGUCACGAUUGUCUAAUAUUUAGAUUCCCGUAUUAUUUAUUGUCAAUUUAAAAAAUAUAUGUUAAAAAUAAUAACUGAACCUUUAACAAAACAAUCGUACUAAAAUCUAUGUACUGCACACAAAAUAGUUGUUAGAAUUAUUAUAUUUGUAAAUACGUGUAUUAAUUUAAUGUUAUUUUUAUCGUGUACAUAGUAAUUGUUAGACUUAAUUGAAUUGUACUACUAAAUAUAUAAUCGUGUAUGA